AUGGCAUAUACACAACAAUUAUUGGAUGUGAAAUUCAAUUUGGAUAAUACUCCCUAUAAAUCAAUUGAAAAUAUUGGCACUGGAACAUAUGGAGUGGUAUGCAAAGCAUUUGAUCAGCGAAAUGAUCGAAAAGUAGCAAUAAAGAAGAUAACUCGAGCAUUCUCAAUUGCAGUCCUUCUGAAAAGAUCACUUCGUGAGAUACGUAUACUGCGAUGUUUACGUCAUGAAAAUAUUGUUACGAUGCAUGAUGUAUUCGCUGCACCUGGAUCACACGGUUUGGAUGUUUAUAUGGUGCUUGAUUUGAUGGAGACUGAUUUACAUCAGAUUAUACACAGUCGGCAGGAUCUUACUAAUCAACAUUAUCAGUACUUUUUAUAUCAGAUAUUACGCGGAUUAAAGUAUUUGCAUUCGGUGGGUAUAAUGCAUCGUGAUUUAAAACCGUCAAAUUUGUUGGUCAACAGUGAUUGCUUAUUGAAAAUAGGCGAUUUUGGAAUGGCUCGAUUGAUUGAACAGCAAUUGAAUGAUCAAAGCGUUUUAUUAAAUGGCAAUUUUAUGACCCAAUACGUCUCAACAAGAUGGUAUAGAGCACCUGAGUUGCUUUUCUCACUUAUUGAUUAUGAUACUAAGGUGGAUGUAUGGUCAGCAGGUUGUAUAUUCGCCGAGAUGCUUCUUCGUCGACAGCUAUUUCCAGGAAAAGAUGUCGGAAGUCAAGUUAAAAUUAUUGUUUAUUAUUUGGGUACACCGGAACAGGAUGUAAUGGAACGUAUUAGCUCGAAUCUUAUCAUUCGUUGGAUUGAAAGUUGUGGACCAAAAAAUCCGCUCCCAUGGAAUACAAUUGUACCAAAAGCAAACCCUCAAGCAGUGGAUCUGCUGAAAAAGCUACUAGUAAUAGCACCUUGGAAACGAAUAACAGCAGAAGAAGCCCUAUGUCACCAAUAUUUGGAGAUUUAUCACGAUACAGCUAGUGAACCGAAUUGUCCAAAAAAAGUAUACUUCGACGCAAGAGAAAUCGAAAGAUUGAGUAUCGAUCAGUUGGAAUGCGCACUUCUAGCAGAAACUUCAGGAUCUUACACUCAGCAGUCCAGCAAUAGGUAG